ACCCAAACCACCUACAAACAAACUGGGGACUAUCCUCCCUUCUGCCACCCACUCAUCUCUCUCUCUCCCCCUCUCUCGACGCUCUCUUGCUUUCUCCUUCAAUGACGAUUUCAUCUAUACACAGCACUGAACCCUCCACAUAAACUCACACACACAAAUCAGCUCCUCACACACAUUCACUCACAACAAUCUCAAUGGCGUGCUCUUCAACAUACAUAGACUUGGAAAGAUGCAAUCUCAUCCCUCUCUCUCUCUCCACUCUCUCCUCCUCUCUCUCUCCUCGUCUCUCUCCCUCCAGAACCCUAAUUCGACUCUCCUCUUCCAAUUCCCCGCCUCCGCUCCUCUUCGGACGCACUUUUCGGCUUCUUCCAACCACUUAUUCGAAUCAUAGACAGACAAUUCUGUGUUUAGCUGAUUCGCAAAGUUUCGGCGAUACCUCCGACAUUCAGGAGAGAUUAGAGUCGGAAGCUCAACAUAAAGCUAGCCAGUUGAAGAAAAGGGUUGUAUUUGGAAUUGGCAUCGGAGUUUGUGUUGGAGGUGUGGUACUUGCCGGAGGAUGGGUUUUCACGGUUGCCCUUGCUGCGGCCGUUUUUGCUGGUGCACGCGAGUACUUCGAGCUGGUUAGGAGUCGCGGAAUAGCAGCUGGGAUGACACCUCCACCUCGGUUUGUAUCGCGAGUGUGCUCCGUUAUCUGCGCGCUUAUGCCUUUGGUGACACUGUAUAUGGGCCAGAUUGAUGUGUCAGUGACAUCCGCAGCUUUUGUUGUAGCUAUGACAUUGCUAUUGCAGAGGGGUCCUCGUUUUGCCCAGCUCAGCAGUGCAAUGUUUGGUUUAUUUUAUUGUGGCUAUCUUCCUUGUUUCUGGGUGAAGCUUCGAUGUGGUCUAGCAGCUCCAGCCUUGAACACAAAAGUGGGAGCACUAUGGCCUGUGCUUCUAGGUGGACAAGCUCAGUGGACUGUAGGUCUUGUUGCCACAUUAAUUUCAUUUAGCAGCAUAAUUGCGGCCGAUACAUUUGCUUUCGUUGGCGGGAAGGCUUUUGGGAGGACACCUCUUACAAAUAUUAGUCCAAAGAAGACAUGGGAGGGAGCUGUUGCAGGUUUAGGUGGUUGCAUAGUGACUUCUGUAAUACUAUCAAAAAUUCUCUCUUGGCCUAAGUCAGUACUAAGUGCUGUAGCUUUUGGUUUUCUGAACUAUUUUGGAUCCCUUUUUGGUGACCUUUUGGAGUCUAUGAUAAAACGCGAUGCUGGUGUCAAGGACUCAGGCUCCCUCAUCCCUGGUCAUGGUGGAAUACUUGACAGGGUUGACAGCUACAUGUUUACUGGUGCAUUAGCUUACUCUUUUGUCAAAAUUUUUCUACCACUCUAUGGAGUUUGACACAGCACCGAGUGGGAAAGGGAACCUUGCAUUUUCAUCAUCUCACAAGUACUAGGAGCAAGCACCCAGUACAAUGUGAGCAGCAACUCAGAGUAAAGUUGAAGUCUGACAUCUCCAAGACAAUAGGUCACAUUUUGAACGGAAACAGGCAGCUAUGCACACACAACCCCAGUUUGAUCUUUUUUAUAUCUAAUCCGUCCUGCCUCUCAUUGGCGAGAAUAGUAAAUGUUAGAACUGUACAUUACCAUAGCUUGUCUAUAUCAAUGAAAAAUCUCACUGAUCUUCAAUUUGAGUUUUAAAGUUCUUAUAUUGCGAAUGGACGUGGCCUAGUACUCAAUAUCAUGGGAAGUUGAUCUUGCAGCGCAUUCAA